UUCGUGAAUUCACUUUUGUUCCGAGUGGUCCAAUCUAGAAGAAACAAUGGGAUAUAUCCUCAAAAUUUUCGUGCUAGCCUUGUGCAGUGGUCAAGUGUUUCCUGGACUGCUCAAUAUCCUGGAUCCCUCAACAGAUUACAAUGUGUUUCAGUUGUUGGAUAUUCUGUACGGUAUUGGAAAAAAUGACACCAAAUACUUGUUCUUGGGUGGAUCCCAAAAUCAGUCCGCCGGUGAUGUUAUAUUCUGGGUGGCCAAUCGAAAAGCCCCAAAUCUUACGGAAGUACAAGAAUCGGACCUGACAUCGAAAAUCGAUAUGAGCAAGCCUAUCGUAUUUAUCAUUCAUGGCUGGAUAGACACCGGUAGUCGCAACUGGAUUCUAGAUAUGGUCAAUGAUUAUUUGCAAUUUGCUGACGUCAACGUUUGUGUUGUGGACUGGGGAAAACUUGCGAUCCACGGCUAUACAAUCGCUGUUAAAAAUACCUACAAGGUUGCCGAUUAUAUUGCCAGUUUCAUCACGCGCCUCACCGAUCAGGGUGUUUCUUUGGAUGAAGUGACGCUGGUCGGCCAUAGUUUGGGAGCUCAAAUCGCUGGGCAUACGGGUCGGAAAUUGGAGGGGAAAAUUGGUGCCAUUUACGGACUCGAUCCCGCUAGCCCACUGUUUCUGAUACCUCUGGAUGUUGGAACAGACAAAAGGUUGGACAAAUCCGACGCACGAUAUGUUCAGAUGAUCAUUACGUCCCGGUGUGCACUCGGAGUGUGCAACGGAGAUGCGCAUGACAAUUUCUAUCCAUCGGGAGGCACUGCACCUCAGCCCAAUUGCUAUGUACCGUUGUUCGACAACGCAUUGAGUCACGAGCCGAUCAGUUGCAGUCACUCCCAUUCGUUCACGCUCUUCCGAAUGGCCCUGAAUCCAAACAACGUCUUCGUCGGACCAGAAUGCAGUUCGUACACCUUGUUUUUAGCAGGAUGGUGCUCCAAAACCAAAAGCAACAGGAUGGGAAUUUAUUCGACUCGCACUGGAGGGGAUUUCUACGUGAAAACUUCCAUUUUUCCACCACACACGUGAAUUAUUGUGAAUGUGAUUAUUCCUGGAAAUAUAUUUGGCAAAUAAUAUGGUA